AUGUCAUACAAGCUCAGUUCGAGUCGGACGAAGCAUCCACCGACACUGACGAAGGGUAAUCGUCUCAUCGUGAGAAAACUUUGGCAAAUGCUCACCACGCUUACAGUACGGCGAGGUGUUGAGAUUGAAGGCCGCUUGUACCCCUCCUAUGGGAAGCACGAGUAUGGCAUGCCCAUUGAUGAGAAAGAGAUGGAUCGCAACGAUCUGCAACACCACAAGUAUACAUUGCUCUUGAAAGAUUGUCUCUUCAUUGCGCCCGUCUCCGAACAAGUCCUGGACGAUCCAAGCAGUCGCAUCUUGGAUCUUGGUACAGGUACAGGUAUAUGGGCCAUUGACAUGGCCGAUAAGUACAAGGCCGAGGUUUUGGGGGUUGACAUUGCGGCGACACAACCUGCUUUUGUACCCCCAAACUGCCAAUUCGAGAUCGAAGACGUGGAAGAUGACUGGCCAUACAGACCUGCGCAGUUUGACUUCAUCCACGGCCGUGACUUGAUGACCGCAAUUCGUGAUUGGCCGCGCUUGCUGGAUCAAGCGUACAAUCACCUCAAACCAGGCGGGUGGAUACAGCUGGCCAGCACCAUACCUGGCGCCCUCACAGAUGAUGACAGCAUACCACCCAAUAGCGGAUAUGUUGAAUCUGGACGGCUAUACUUUGAGAUCACGGAGAAGAUGGGCGCUCCAGCCGACGCUCCACGCCAGUGGGCUGAGCAAAUGCGUGCAGCUGGCUUCACAAAUGUGCAAGAUGUUGUCUACAAGCUCCCGAUGGGACCGUGGCCACGAUCGAAGCGACUGCGAACAGUUGGUCGCCUAGAGCAGAUCAUGAUCCUGGAAGGCGGAUUUGAAGCAUACAUGCUGCGAGGGUACACACAAGUACUGGGAGGAAGAGCAGAAGAUCUCCAAAUCAUUCUUGCGCUUGCAAAACGCGAGAUCCGAGACCCGGCUGUCCAUACGUAUGUUCAGUUCCAUAUCACGUACGGCCAAAAGCCGCAGCGGUAGCUCGGCAUGCACCAAAUUCCUGCGCGCCAUCUCUUAUGUUAGGAUGAACAUCGGAACUAGAAAGAUCAUGAGUAGCUUCUUUAACUGAUCUGCGACUUGAGGCUGCUAUAAUUCACAUUUAUCCUGC